AUGACGACGAACACUGACACCAGCCCCAUGGACAUCGACUUUGACAAGGUUCCAACAGCCAUCGACACCAAACAGUGCCCUGAAUCACCUGGAAAGAGCGAUUCCGGGGAUAGUGACAAGAGCACUCUUUCCUACACCGAUGACUUUGAGAGGCUGCCUUCGAGCGGGCCGACCAGCCAUGCUCAUAUCAUCGACAUUGAGGAUUACACUACAUCUAUGAAGGAUGAAGGAAUACUCAAACUUCAAGAUGCGAUCGUCACUACUCUCUUCAACGUGACACUGAUCACACUCAGAUCCUUCGUCAACCCCACAGUCAACGCCUUCAAGGCUGUGUUUGGUACGAAGGAUGUACAGUUGGUCAUCUGGCGCAAGGGCCUCGAGGUCUUUAUUGGCACCUUCGAACACCACAAGUCAAUGAAAUUAUACCGCUUCGAGCAUGUCGCCGGCUUCCUGAUCGGCUACGAUGGAUCUUGGCACCUCAAGGUCACAGCUAGGAACGCCUACUCCGCCCCCAAGUGGCCAGAUGUUUGGGCUGGCAAGUUCGAGUGCCACGGUGGUGUUGCAAAGAUGACGAUCGAGAAUGAGGAGGUGAACAUGGCGAAGCGAGCCUCGAUCCUGGCAUCAACAGUGAUCAGCGGCAGGUAUUGGGAGCUGAAGGCUGAUAUCAAGAUGACUUGA